AAAUCGGCUUAGUAUUAUUUCCAGAAUAUAAAUCCAGUGCAACUAACAAAUAAACACAUUCGUCAUAAAGUAGAAUAUUUCUCAAUCAGCAUUCACUAUCUUGCUUCAAGAAUCGUUAUUUUAGAAUUCUGAAAACUCCAUUCUUGUCUUAUCAUCGGUUCCAACAGUUGGACAGAAAAGGAGUCAGAAAUGAAGUGUUUUGUGAAUUACGAAAAAAACUGUGAUUUUCCAAUAGAAAAUUUACCGUACGGUGUAUUUUCUACGAAUAAUGACAUUUGUCACCGAAUAGGGGUAGCUAUUGGAGAUUUUAUAUUAGAUCUGAAAGAAAUAUCGCAUCUCUUCAACGGACCACUCUUAAAAAGUCAUCAGGAUGUUUUCAAAGAGCCAACUCUCAAUAAGUUUAUGGCCCUCAACAGAGAAUGUUGGAUUGAAGCUAGAAAAACACUUCAAGAUCUUUUGUCUUCAGACAAUCCAACUCUGAGAGACAACACAGAGUUGAAAGCAAGAGCUUUCGUAAGACAAAACGAGGCUAGGAUGCAUUUACCUGCUACCAUUGGGGACUACACUGACUUCUAUUCCUCUAUUCACCAUGCAACCAAUGUUGGUACCAUGUUCAGAAGCAAGGAAAAUGCACUUUCAGCGAAUUGGAAAUAUAUUCCAAUAGGAUACCACGGCAGGGCAAGCUCUGUAGUGGUUUCUGGAACACCAAUUCGUAGGCCUCAUGGACAGACUUUAGUUGCUGAUGGGGCCCCGCCCGUGUUCGGUACCUCAAAACUAAUGGAUUUCGAGCUGGAAGUAGCUUUCUUCGUGGGCGGAAAAACCAAUAAACUUGGCGAACCCAUAUCGGUCAAGAACGCACACGAAAAUAUUUUUGGAUUUGUUCUAAUGAACGAUUGGAGUGCCAGGGACAUACAAAAAUGGGAAUACGUACCCCUAGGUCCAUUCACGGCAAAGAACGUUGGAACAAGUAUAUCCCCUUGGGUUGUUACGACAUUUGCCCUAGAACCUUUCAUCGUCGAUAAUUAUCCCCAAGAUCCAAAACCUUUCCCUUACUUAACGCAUGAGGACAAGUUCAACUUCAACAUCAAUCUGGAGGUUGACUUGAAACCGGAUGGUUCAAAAACGAGCACAACCAUAUGCAGGUCUAAUUACAAAUACUUAUAUUGGACGUCCAAGCAACAAUUAGCCCAACAUACAAUUACAGGUUGUAACAUGAACCCUGGUGAUCUUCUUGCUAGCGGCACGAUCAGUGGAGAAGAAUCAGACUCUUUUGGAUCUCUUCUUGAAUUAUCAUGGAAAGGUACUAAACCGAUAAAACUGAACGACGGCAGCCAAAGAAAAUUUCUUCAGGAUGGUGACACAGUCAUAAUGAAAGGAAAAUGUGAAGGAGAUGACUACAUUAUUGGAUUUGGUACUUGUGAAGGGAAAUUAUUACCUGCCAUUCAAUUAUAGAGAAUAUAAAUAAUAUAUGCACAGA